GCCUGCAGCAACAAGGGCGGGGUUCAAUUUUGGGGUCUAAGUAUAUUCUACCUUGGCUUGAGCCCCACCCAGACCACCUGGGAUACACUAAAUAAAUUACUCAGGUAAUUACUCCCUGUGAUGCUUUAGGGUGAUUUCCACUUGUGCCUGGUGGCCUUGGUGGGUUAACUGUGGCUCCAGACCGCAUGUUGUGCCCUUACAGUCCUAGUCCCAAUCCCUAUACUGUACUAAAGCCUGAAUUUAUAGCUGGGGUUCAGCCACACAGCUAGGCUGAAAGACCAGAGCUUCAGAAACAGGAGAAAAAAAGGCCCAGGCCUAUGGCUGUGACCUGGACACCUGGUCUCAGCUGUAGCCCAUGCUUUGAGGAUACAAUUUCAAGUCAGAGGGGGCCAGGCCCUUGUAGCCAGUAACUGCCAGGACCCAUUCCUGGGCAGUUUGCUUCAGAGAUUAAUACCCACAUGGCAUUAAUCCGUUUAAUAAAAAAAGGUCGGGGGGAAGAGGGAGGAAAUAGGAAUAGGAGUCUCAAACUCCAAAAUAGACUUGUUCUCCCUCUACCUGAGGCUUUCCCCUUAAAUAGCGUUUGCCUGCCUCUCCAGUGAAGAUAAGGGGAGACCCCCACUGGGAGCAGCUCCCGGCCCCAGGAGAAAGAGAGAGAGGACCUUAGUGAAUGAUUCUUAUAUACCUGGAGUGACAUCACCCAAACCUUCUCCAACCUGGGAGGGACACAGUUUAGUCCUUCUCCCCACCAAUCUUCCUGAAGCAUCCUCUGCUUCCUCUGCCCAAUGAGGCCAGAGGGUUUUAGAUAUUUGCCCCAGAUCCAAGCCCCAGCUUGCCAUGUGCUGGGCACAUGGCCAAAACAACAGGGGCCAUCUUACCCAUAUCCGAACACAUGCACAAAAACAGGAUGCACAGCCCAGGGUACAUGGGUGGGUGUUACAGAAAGAAGACGACAGGACAUCCAGCUAGUGGAUACCAUUUAUUCUUGUUAAAAUAGCUUCACUGCAGUGUUAAUUAAGAGUGUUAUUUUCCCUGAACUUCUACCUCAGGAUAUCUAAUGCUUCAUGUCUCUAACCCAGGUUACAGGGAGAAGUACACUGAGCACGUACAGGACAAGUACGGAGUAAUAAAAGACAGGAACUCUCUUCUUGGUCAGAAUAUAAUUCUAGACAGCAGAUACACCAAGCUGAUUAUUGUAGAGGAAACACGUGCCAGAAAGGAAAGAGAACAUGAAAUAAUGGCCUCGGGACAGAGACAUGCAGAAAUCAUGUCUGAGCAAAAGAGAUCCAUCACCAUCGGUGACUUAUUUGCAGCUGAUGAAAAAGGGAAAACUCAACGAAUCAUUGUUUUGCUGGGAGCUGCAGGGAUUGGGAAAACACUGACAGCAAAAAAGAUCAUGUUUGACUGGGCGACUGGAAAGCUUUACAACGAGGCAUUUGAUUAUGUUUUCUACAUCAACUGCAGAGAAGUUAACUUUGACACUGAGGAGGGAAGUGUUGCAAAUUUGAUCCUAAGGAAUUGUCCUGAUCAACAUGCACCGAUUGAAGCAAUGUUGGUGAAUCCAGAGAGACUCCUGUUCAUAAUCGAUGGCUUUGAUGAACUGAGAUUUUCCUUGGAUCAGCCAGAAGAGAAUCUGUGCUCUGAUCCCUGGGAGAAGAAACCAAUGGAAAUCGUGCUGAGCAGUUUGGUCUGGAAAAAAGUCCUUGAGAAAUGCUCCUUACUCAUUACUACAAGACCAGCUGCUUUGGAGGAGCUCAGGCAGUGCUUGCACAAUGAACGCUGUGCUGAAAUCCUGGGGUUUUCAGAAACCGAGAGGAGAGAAUACUUUGACAAAUAUUUUGGGGAUAAAGGGAAAGCAAGAAAAGCCUUUAAUUUUGUAAAAAGAAAUGAAAUGCUCUUCACCAUGUGCUUUGUCCCCAUUGUCUGUUGGAUCGUCUGCACUGUCAUAAAGCAGCAGAUGGAUGAAGGUGAAGAUCUUGCACAGACUUCGACAACAGUCACAGGAGUGUACCUGCUCUACCUUUACAAUUUACUGAAGGACCCAAGAAGCAAGUCAAAGCAACUCCUGCAAACUAACUUGAAAGGACUUUGCUCCUUGGCUGCAGAUGGGGUCUGCAGGCAGAAAAUCCUGUUCGGAGCAGAGGAACUCCAGAAGCAUGGCUUAGAAACAGGUGACUCCCUCUUUCUGAAUGAGAACCUCUUUCAAAAAAGCACCGACUGUGAAUGCCUCUACAGCUUCAUCCACCUGUCUUUUCAAGAGUUUUUUGCAGCUCUGUUUUAUGCUCUGAAAGAAGAAGCACAUACGCAGAAGGGGAAAAAAUUAUUAGGAGGCACUGAGAGCACGCGUGCAAGUGAGUGCACUCAGCCCCUCCAAAUUGGGCGUGGGACACAGCUGCAAGCAGCUCGUCCGGGGAGCACAGGGAGGGGGAAGCAGCUCCUACCACUGCACGCACCCAGGGAGGGCAUGGGGGGCGUGUGCCCCCAGAUUUGCAUGAGG